UAACCAACAUGUCUACACCUUUUCUGCUUCUCCUUCCUUUGAUCUUCAAAGCUAUCCUCCUUCUUACCGUCACUGUUACACAAUCCGAAGCGUACUCCACAACGACUCCGUUUCAAGGACAUGAUCCGGAAAAGCUCACACACCUCCACUUCUACUUCCACGACGUCAUCUCCGGUGACAAACCCACCACCAUCAGAGUCGCUGAAGCCCCGAGUACAAACUCCUCCGUCAGCUCAUUCGGUGCGGUUCUGAUCGUCGACGCCCCGUUGACCGAGGGUCCCGAUCCAAGGUCGAAGGAAGUAGGGAGAGCUCAGGGGAUGUACGCAUCGACGGACAUGAAAACGUUUGGCUUCACAAUGGUCUUUAACUUGGCAUUCACGGAAGGAGAGUUUAACGGCAGCACCGUCGGGUUGUAUGGACGGAAUCCUAUACUGUUGAAGGAGAGAGAGUUGCCUAUCAUCGGAGGUACGGGGGCUUUCAGGUUUGCUAGAGGCUAUGCACUGCCCAAGACUUAUAAGAGUGUUGAUAAAGAUGCCGUGGUCGAGUACAAUGCAUUUAUUUGGCAUUAAUCGUUUGGGAUACAUAUAUAUUGUUUCACAUUUUGCUCUUUUAUUUGUUUCUGUGCCUUUUAAAGUUUAAAUAAAGAUUUAAAGGUGUAAUUUGAGUAAAACACUGUUGUAACUGGAUUUUUUUUUUGGUUUAGACUUUGGACACAUAUGGUUUACCA